AUGAAAACUUUUUUCUUUUCUAUUAGGUUUCAAAAGGUCUUAAACUCCUUCUAAAACAUGUUAGGGCAUCACAUGCAUGAAUAGGCAGCUCACUUGUACUGGGACAGUCCUUGUAUAGUGACAUGUACUGACUGUAGCUCAUGUUCGUCCUGCAGUGAUGUUGAAGUUUAAAUAUGGAGGCCACGGCAGCGUUAAAGACCUGUCUGCUGUCGACUCCAUCACCAGCCGCUGCGCUCGACUCAAUCAGCUGCUGCAGGGAAAGUGCGUUGCUCCGGUCUCCUCGGGAGUCGGUGGAGUUCCCAGAGAAGCUCUGAUCGAUGCGUUCCUGCUGCUCUAUCAAGAGUGUGCCACACCAGAGCUCAUGAAGAUCAAGCACGUGGCCAGCUUCGUCAACAAAUAUGCUGAAGUGGUGGCUGAAGUUCAGGAACUGCUUCCCGGUGAGAGGGAUUUUGAGGUGAGGGGCAUCGUGGGAAGGGGGCGCUUCUCUGAGGUGCAGGUGGUGAAGGAGAAAGCUACAGGAGACGUGUGCGCCGUGAAGAUCAGGGACAAACCCAGCCUGCGUUCACAGGACGACGCGGCGUUCUUCGAGGAAGAGCGAAGCAUCCUGGCCCUGAACUCCAGUCCCUGGAUCCCUCAGCUCCAGCACGCUUUCCAGGACCAGGACCACGUCUACCUGGUGAGUGACGGCUAGAGUUUCUU